UCGAUCUUCAAAUACAAAAUUACCAACUCCGCUUUUGUUUUCUUUAGCUUGCUAGAGUGAUCGAACCUUGGUGAGACCAAUUCCAUGUCUGAGUUCAGUUCAAGCUCUUCACCAUCAUGUUCUGUAGCACAUGGACGAAGUCAAUCUCAGUUUCUUACAUAUACCCGUCAUACUCGUUUCGUCGGUCUUAUCUCAGCAAGUCCAAACUUCCCUCACUCAUAUCUCGGCCACUCUCAUAAAGAAUCACAAGCCCUUUCUGGUCUUUGAGAAGUGAUCAUAGACAUAUACGUCGAAAUGGCUCAGUCUAUGACUCUUCUCAUUCUCUUCUCCAUCCUUGAACUUGCUCCAAUGUGUUUUUGUAGAAGAACAUACGGCAGUUACCUGUAUCCCCAGUAUUAUGACUACACGUGCCCGCAAGCUGAGGAUAUCGUCAGGUCCGUCAUCACAAGAGCUGUAGCCAGAGAAGCUCGCAUGGCCGCUUCCUUGAUACGGGUUCACUUCCCCGACUGCUUUGUUCAGGGAUGCGACGGGUUGAUACUCCUAGAUAGCACCGGAACCAUGCCAAGUGAGAAAAGGUCUAACCCGAGCUGUAAGUCCGCUCGGGCAUUCGAAGUCAUUGAAGAAAUAAAGGCUGCCUUGGAAGAGCAGUGCCCGCAUACUGUGUCCUGUGCUGAUAUACGUGCUUUAGCUGCCGGAGACUCCACUGUUCUGGUGGGUGGACGAAGCUGGGAGGUUCCUCUAGGAAGAAAGGACUCGAGAAGUACAAGUUUAACGCUAUCUAACCUUGACAUCCCUGCGCCAAACGACAAAUUCCCGAUACUCCUGAACAAGUUCAACCGAAAGGGACUCGAUGUCAUUGAUCUCGUCGCGUUAUUAGGAAGCCAUACCAUUGGCAACGCAAGAUGCUCCAGCUUCAGACAGAGGCUCUACAGCCAGUCAGGGGACGAUCAACUGGACUCCAUGCUUGACCAGUCAUACGCUUCACAAAUCCAUGCCACUUGCCCGAGAUUGGCCGGUGAUCAGAACCUGUUCUUCUUAGACAAUGUCACUCCGACCACGUUUGACGACAGCUUCUUCAAGAACUUGCUGGCUUACAAGGGCCUGCUGAGCUCUGACCAAGUGCUCUUCACUAGUAACGAGGAAUCAAUCGAGUUGGUGAAGAAAUAUGCAGAGGACAACAAAGUCUUCUUGCAGCAAUUCGCAGCUUCGAUGGUCAAGAUGGGUAAUAUAUCGCCUUUGACAGGAUCAAGGGGAGAGAUCAGAAAGAUCUGCAGGAAGAUCAACAGUUAAAACCAAGCACAUAUGCUGGUGUUCUGAUCAAAGUUGAUGUGAUUCUUUUCUUUCUUAUCAUCUAUCCCCGGAUUUCAUUGCUUAACUGUUUGUGAUUGAUGCAUACUAGAUAUGCUCUAGUGUGAUUCCUUUCAAUUUUUUUGGGUAUGUAAUGAAGUUUCCUCUUCAAAGGAUUCAAUGAAAAGAUGGCAUUUAAUUUGAUUGACGUGGAUUCAUAGACCUAUAUCAGUCUCCACUUUCUUCUUUUUUGGCUGAAUUAUCAGUCUAAAUAGUUAGACUAACCAGAAGGGUAGCAGAAGAUCCCCUCGAGGUUCGGUAAUUUUGUGUAUGUUCAUAGAGAUUUGGCAAAAAUAUUAAAGGUAACAAAAGUCUAGUUCAAAAUUCAAAUGGACGAGCGAGGUAGUACAGGAUCUAAAACAUUAUCAUUUCAUCUAUUAAUUUCUAGGGAAAUGGAUUGCUUUUCCCCGCAAAUCAUUUCUUCUUGGCAUGCUAGUUCAGUCAGCCUGUGA